AGAAACCGUGCUUCUACCCUGAGACCCUCACAACAACAACAAGGAGCACUCACCCAGCUACACGUGUCGCGAAGAGACCUCUCACUCAAGCACUUAUUAUAAAGAAAAAAAAGAAUCUGAGCGACCACAUAACUCUUACAAUCACCGAAAUAAUUAAUAACACUUAAACCGCACGUAUAAAGAAGAUAUAGCACUGAAAUCUGGAAGAGUUACGUCACGUGAUAUCGUUACCCAUAGUGCAGGUUCGGAAGAUGUAACUUUGCGUAUAAUGAAGAGGAAAGGACACCCAGGAAUCUAAAAAGAAAAAAAAAGAAAGGCAUAUUUAUACUUAGUUGCAACAACGUGCAAAUUGGUCAAUAACAAUUACUGUAUAGACAGCUUGGUGAGGUGAAAUGCUUAGUACCUGAAAUUGCACACUUAUGGUUGUUUUGCCAAUGCAAGACUCGCAGGUAUCCUAAGUCAAGAUGAAGGCCUUAGAUGGACGCAACAAUGUAAAAGUAUACAACUUAAGUGCUGGCAAAUCACUUCCUGAUUGGUUGACAGACAGGAAAAAAAGACAACUAUCAAAGAGAGAUGUUGAAUUUCGCCGCAGGAUAGAACUAAUUCAGGAUUUUACUAUGCCUGAUGUUAGUGGCUGUGUGCGUGUAUCUCCGGAUGGUCGCUAUAUUUUAGCCACUGGAACGUAUAAGCCAAGAGUAAAAUGUUAUGAAGUAGCUGCCCUUUCUCUUAAGUUUGAAAGAUGCUUUGAUGCUGAAGUCAUUCGGUUUGAAAUUUUGUCAGAUGAUUAUAGCAAGCUGGUUUUCUUGCAAGAAGAAAGAUAUGUAGAGUUUCAUAGUCAAGCAGGUCGAUGGUUUCGAACCCGAAUCCCAAGAUUUGGACGUGACUUGGCCUAUCAUUAUCCCUCCUGUGAUCUUUAUAUUGCUGCAUCAGGGAGUGAAAUAUAUCGAUUAAAUUUGAACCAGGGUCGGUUCCUGAACUCACUGCAAACAGAUGCUCCAGGUGUAAAUAAAUGUGCUUUCAACAAUGUUCACUACCUUUUUACCUGUGGAACUGAAGAUGGCAGAGUUGAAGCUUGGGAUCCAAGAUCAAGGCAUAGAGUUGGAGUGUUAGACUGUGCAGUACAUAUGGCUACAGAAAAUAUGCAGCUAAGCAGCUACAAAUCGGUGAAACAAUUGGGCAUUUCUGCUUUAGCCUACAAUGACACACUCACACUGGGUGUCGGCACACAAACUGGCCAGGUGCUUCUUUAUGAUAUCCGAUCAGACAAACCGUUGUUGAUAAAAGAUCACAAUGAUGGAUAUCCUAUAAAGGAGCUGGAAUUUCAUAAUUCAGCAGGCGUGGUUCUAUCCAUGUCUUCAAAAAUGGUUAAAAUAUGGAAUAAAGACACAGGGGCCCCACACACUAGCAUUGAGUCUGGAGUGGAUUACAAUGACAUGUGUGUAGUACCUAACUCUGGGAUGAUGUUCUUGGCUUCUGAGGACACAAAAAUGCAAACUUAUUUUUUGCCGAGUCUUGGUGCUGCACCAAAAUGGUGUUCCCAUCUCGAUGCACUGAUUGAAGAGUUGGAGGAAGAAGAUGCUCCAAUUCAGUAUGAUGACUAUAAGUUUGUCACAGAAGAUGAGCUAAAGCAGCUUGGCCUCCAUGAUCUCAUUGGCAGUAACAUGCUGCGUGCUGUAAUGCAUGGAUACUACAUUGAUAUUCGACUAUACAACAAGGCUAAGCUAAUUGCUAAUCCAUUUGAUUAUAAUGACUUCAUGAAGCGUAAAGUGAGGCAGAAGAUCACUGAAGAGAAUCAACGAGGAAUUCAAACUAAGAAACUUCCAAAUGUUAACCGUGAUUUGUUUGAACGGUUAAUAGAGGAAGAAGUUGAAAACAAGAAUAAGAAGAAACAGCAGGCGGUUGCAGCAGAAGCAUUGUUGAAAGAUGACAGAUUUGGGGAACUGUUUUCAAGUUCUGAUUUCCAAAUAGAUAAGGAUUCAGUCGAGUUUAAAUUAUUAAACCCUGUGCUUAGUAGAAUGGACAAGAGGAAAAAGAAGCAGAAAAUGCAAGAGGAGGAAGAGGAAAGAGACUUCUUAAAGGCCCGGGGUGACUUGGACCAAGAUGAUAGUUCAGAUUCAGAUUCAAUCAUGUCAGACAUGGGAGAUGAGGAGCCAGAGGUAAAGGUCAAGAGAGACAUCAAAGCUAAGCAAGAUUCAAAAGAAAAUAGAGACACAUGGAAGCAAAACAAAUUAAAAGAGAGUGAAGAAAAACUUCCAGCAGCUGGAAGUUCUUUAGAGAAGAAACCAGGCGAAAGCAAGAAUUUAAACUUUACUGCUGCUGACUCCAUUGCUGAAUUGAAAUCCAACAGGAAAAAACUAAGCAAAAUGACAUUGGCUGAUCGCCUUGAUAUGGAAGUUGACACCGAGAGCAUCAAGCAACACACUUUUGGUAGCCGUGAGAUGAAUUAUGUUAUCAAGAAGGCACCCAAGUUUGAGCGUAUAAAACAGCAGCAAAAGGAGCACCAAGAAGAGAGGAGAAAAAUUCGUAGAUCAACAACCAAGCUUAAAGGAAAAUUUAAUGCCAAGGAACCAUUACUUUGAUUGUGGUACAUGUAAUUGCUGUUAGUCACUUUGUUUAACAUUAGUGAAACGGUACACUAGCCAGGUGAUUGGGAAAAAAAAACACAGUUUGUAGGUGUAUGUACAGUUAAUUGUGUAAAUGUAUUUAAAUUUUAUAUUACAGUAAUCGGAAAAAGUUUGAUUGGAAAUUUACUCUGCUUCAUUUUAUGCAAAUUUUGCAGUCAUUUGUAUUUCUUCAAUGACUUUGCGAGGGAGUUGUACCAAUCCCCAGCUCCUUGUUCCUCUAUGACAAGAGGGGUUGGGCAUCAGGUUCUGGCACAAACCUUUGCUAAAAGUGUUUUCAGAGAUCCAAAUUAAGACCAUCAUCAACAUUAAGAAAAGUAAUUGUUUAGUGCAAUUUAAACAAAUCUGGACUUCUAUACAGCAUUAUUCUGGACCUCUUCAGAAUUUUUCUUGUCUAAGAGUGUUGAUACACAAUUCAUAUUUCUAUCAUCAUUAUAUAUGUAAAAAUAUUAAUUCCCAAUAAAUUUUACUAAUUUUU